GGGCGCAGCCGCCGCGGGAGCGCGGCCGCCGCUCGGCGCAGCCCGGCCCGGCCCCCGCACAUCCGGGCGCUCCCGCAGGCCCGUCCCGGGCGGUCCCGGGCGGCUCGGCCCGGCGGCCCGGCCCGGCCCGGCGCGAUGCUGCGCUGCAUGCCGCCGCUCUGGCGCUGCAACCGGCACGUGGAGGCGCUGGACCGGCGGCACUGCUCGCUGCAGGCCGUGCCCGAGGAGAUCUAUCGCUACAGCCGCUCGCUCGAGGAGCUGCUGCUGGACGCCAACCAGCUCCGCGAGCUGCCCAAGCCUUUCUUCAGGCUCCUGAACCUGCGCAAGCUGGGCCUGAGCGACAAUGAGAUCCAGAGGCUUCCCCCCGAGGUGGCCAACUUCAUGCAGCUGGUGGAGCUGGACAUCUCCCGCAACGACAUUCCAGAAAUUCCUGAAAGCAUCAAAUUCUGCAAAUCCCUGGAAAUCGCAGACUUCAGUGGGAAUCCUCUCUCCAGGCUUCCUGAGGGCUUCACCCAGCUCCGGAGCCUGGGCCACUUGGCCUUGAAUGAUGUGUCCCUGCAGAGCCUCCCCACUGACAUUGGGAAUUUGGCAAACCUGGUGACUUUGGAGCUACGUGAGAACCUGCUAAAGACUCUCCCCACUUCACUCUCCUUCCUUGUCAAGUUAGAGCAGUUGGAUCUCGGUGGCAAUGACCUGGAAGUACUGCCGGACACUCUGGGCGCGCUCCCAAACCUGCGCGAGCUUUGGCUGGACCGGAACCAGCUCUCGGCCCUGCCUCCGGAGCUGGGCAACCUCCGCCGGCUGGUCUGUCUGGAUGUGUCGGAGAACAAGCUGGAGCAGCUGCCCAACGAGGUCAGUGGGCUGGUGGCACUGACGGACUUGCUGCUGUCACAGAACCUGCUGGAAUGCAUUCCGGAUGGGAUCGGUCAGCUGAAGCAGCUCUCCAUCCUCAAGGUGGACCAGAACCGGCUGACAGACGUGACAGAGUCAAUUGGGGACUGUGAAAAUCUGUCAGAGCUCAUCUUGACUGAGAACAUGCUGACGGCCUUGCCCAAGUCUCUGGGCAAACUGGCCAAGCUGACGAACCUGAACGUGGACCGGAACCGUCUGACGGCGCUGCCGGCGGAGAUCGGGGGCUGUGCCAACCUCAACGUGCUGUCCCUGCGGGACAACCGCCUGGCACUGCUGCCCCCCGAGCUGGCCAACACCACCGAGCUCCACGUCCUGGAUGUGGCUGGGAACAGGCUGCAGAACCUGCCCUUUGCUUUGACAAAUCUUAACCUGAAAGCCCUGUGGCUGGCAGAAAACCAGUCCCAGCCCAUGCUGAAAUUCCAAACCGAGGAUGAUGAAAAGACAGGAGAAAAGGUUCUCACUUGCUACCUUCUCCCUCAGCAGCCCUCUCCCAGCCUGGAGAACCUCCUGCAGAACAGUGUGGAUGAAAGCUGGACAGACACCAACUUAAACAGAGUCAGUGUCAUCCAGUUCCUGGACGAACCCAAAGGAGAUGAUGAGGAGGAGUCUGGAGCUGAGAGACGGGGCCUGCAACGCCGAGCCACCCCUCACCCCAGCGAGCUGAAGGUGAUGAAGAAGGUGAUCGAAGUUCGGCGUAACGAGGUGAACGCCGCAAAGGCCGAUGCUGACCUCAACUCUCCGAACUCAGAAGAGAAGAGGCUGAGUGCCACGUCGAACCGCAGUGAGGACUCCCACGUGUCCACCAGCACUGCCUCUGCAGACUGCAGGGCAGAGGAGGGGGACCGGGGCUGGCCCAACGGGCAGGUGCCCAACGUGCGGGAACUGGAGAAGGAGGCGAAGCCCAGAGCAGAAGAGGAGCAUAAGGAAGCUGCUGGCCAGGAGGAGGAAGAUGUGGAGGUGGAAUACAAUGAGCCCACUGUACACUUUGCUGAGGACACACUGAUACGGAGUGAGGAUGAGGAUGAAGAUGAAGAGCGACCAUUCCCAGUGGAGAAGCAGAGGCUUAUCCGCAAGGACACGCCCCAUUAUAAGAAACACUUCAAGAUCACUAAACUGCCCAAGCCAGAGGCAGUGGUGGCACUUCUGCAGGGGCUGAACAGCGACGGGGUCCCUAAAGAGGAAGAGGAGUUGGGAGGCUGCAAUAACAACACAGAGCCCGAGGAACAGGAGGAAGCAUGGGAUGAGGAUGACAGGAAGAAUGGAGCUUUGUCUGCUCAGCCGUCCGUGAAGGGGGUGUCGUUUGAUCAAGCCAAUAAUCUGCUGAUUGAACCUGCUCGCAUUGAGGAGGAAGAGCUGACACUGACCAUCGUGCGGCAGACGGGGGGGCUGGGCAUCAGCAUCGCGGGGGGCAAGGGCUCCACCCCCUAUAAGGGGGACGAUGAGGGCAUCUUUAUUUCCCGUGUGUCCGAAGAGGGUCCUGCGGCUCGCGCAGGGGUCCGUGUUGGGGACAAGCUUCUGGAGGUGAACGGCGUGUCCCUGCACUGUGCUGAGCAUCACGUGGCCGUGGAAGCGCUGCGAGGCUCGGGAAGCUCCGUGUCCAUGACGGUGCUGCGGGAGCGGAUGGUGGAGCCGGAGAACGCCAUCACCGUCACUCCGCUGCGCCCCGAGGAUGACUACAGCCCCCGGGAGCGGCGCGGGGGGCUGCGCUUCCCCGAGCGCCCCGAGGGAGCCCCUGCCACCGAGAGAUAUUCCACCUGCCUCAUGCGCAACGAGAAGGGCCUGGGCUUCAGCAUCGCCGGCGGCAAGGGCUCCACUCCCUACCGGGCUGGGGACACGGGGAUCUUCAUCUCCCGGAUCGCAGAGGGUGGUGCAGCCCACCGGGACGGAAUCCUGCACAUCGGAGACCGGGUCAUCUCGAUCAAUGGGGUAGACAUGACAGAAGCCAGGCAUGAUCAGGCCGUAGCGCUGCUUACCGCGGCCUCCCCCACCAUCGUGCUGCUGGUAGAGAGAGAGGGCUCGGAGCAGCCCGGCGAGGGAGCCUCGCCCGGCGCGCCCCGCGUGCGCAUGCACUCCCCCCCGCCGCCCCCCGGCCCCGGGGACAGCCCGCCCGAGGAGACGCCCGCGCCGCAGAGGAACCACCUCGCCAAAGGGCUGGAGGAUCAGUACCCCAUCGAGGAGAUUCAUCUGGUGAAAGCGGGUGGUCCCCUGGGCCUCAGCAUCGUCGGAGGCAGUGACCAUUCCAGCCAUCCCUUUGGGAUUCAUGAGCCAGGGGUCUUCAUCUCCAAGGUCAUUCCCCGGGGGCUGGCGUCGCGCAGCGGGCUCCGCGUCGGGGACAGGAUCCUGGAGGUGAACGGCAUCGACCUGCGCCACGCCACCCACCAGGAAGCGGUGAACGCGCUGCUCUCCAACGCCCAGGAGCUCACCAUGCUGGUCCGGAGGGACCCGCCUCCGCCUGGCAUGCAGGAAAUAUGCAUUGAAAAGGCUCCAGGAGAGAAGCUGGGUAUCAGCAUCCGGGGUGGAGCCAAGGGCCAUGCUGGCAAUCCGUUUGAUCCCACCGAUGAAGGCAUCUUCAUUUCCAAGGUGAGCUCCUCCGGGGCUGCGGCCCGGGACGGCCGCCUGAAGGUGGGGAUGCGGAUCCUGGAGGUGAACCACCAGAGCCUGCUGGGAAUGACGCACACGGAAGCGGUGCAGAUCCUCCGAGGGGUGGGCGACGCGCUCCUCGUGCUGGUGUGUGACGGCUUCGACCCCAAGGCUGCAGCUGCCAUCGAGAUGUCCCCAGGAAUCAUCGCAAACCCUUUUGCUGCUGGCAUUGGGCGCAAGAACAGCCUAGAGAGCAUCUCCUCCAUUGACCGGGAUUUGAGCCCUGAGGAACUGGAGAUCCUGCAGAAGGAGAUGGAAAUGGUGAGAGAAGCAACUCAGUGGGAGAGAGAAGAAAUGGAGAAAGUGGAGCGGAUGCGUAGGGAGCGGGAGGCAGCCACGCAGCAGCUUGAGGAGGAGGUGGAGAGCAUCCCCAGUGAACCCCUGCGCCUGGACUACCGGACCCUGGCAGCGCUGCCCAGCAGUGGCCUGCAGAGAGGCAACCGUGCUCCUGUUCAGUGUACUAAGCCCAGCUCCAGCAUGGAGGGUGACUGCACGGUGCUGUCCCUGCCCCUGGCACGGGACAGCCGGGAAGCGUCCCCGGACCCGGCACACCCCACGGGCACGACCAGCAGCAGCGUGGCUGGGCCCCCUCAGCACCCCACGUCACCCCAGCAGCACACGAGCGGGGCAGAACAGCCCUGGAGAGACAAGCAGGACUCCACAGGGUGUCCCUUGUCCCAGGAGCAGCUUCCAGAGACGCCAGAGCCAGAGUGUCUGAUCGACUCGCAGCCCAUCCCCUUCAGUGAGAACCCCUUUGUGGUGGCCAACCGCAGGGGCAAGGCUGCAGGCACAGCCAGCCUGGGAGGGCCUCCCCUGGGCUACGGCAGCGGGGGCGUGCUGAAGACCAGCCUGUACUGCAAGGCUCCUGUGGGCGAGUCUGGGACAGGAAAUUCCAGGCGUGAAACCCCCUAUUCGCCCAGUAAUCCACAGGUGCCCGCAGCCCCCCGGCCCCCUCACCUGGCCGGCAGGGAGACCCGCUUUGCUUCCAUUAACUUCAUUACGUCGCAGGAUGACAGUAAAUCAACCAAGCCCGGCGUCAUUCAGCCUCUGUCCCGCGUGCGACAAAGCGCUGCCUCACACACAGCAGAGGAGGGGGACAGCCCCAACCCCUUCCAGCAGCCCGAGCCAUGCUUCAGGAUCCACAACUCUCAAAAGCCACCGUCGCCACCCUCCCCUGACGAGGUCCCCAUCAAUGUCAAGCAGGCCUACAAGACCUUCGCAGCAGUGCCCCUGUCCCACCCGCUGCUCGGGACACAGGAAUUGUCUGGUCAGAGCAGCACAGAGAACACCAAAAUGGCCUCGGAGGAGGCCGUGCACAGGCCCGGGGGACAGCACAGCCCCGAGCAAAGGUCCUUCCGUGAGAGGCAGAAGUAUUUUGAGAUUGAAGUGAAGCAGCAGCACCUGGACAAGCCUCCCAAGCGUGUGUCCUUGGUGGGGGAGGAUGACCUGAAGAAAAUGAAGGAGGAAGAAGCCCGCAAGCUGCAGCAGCAGCGAGCCCUUCUGUUGGAGGAGGAGGCCGAGGAGGAGGAGGAGGAGGUGAGGCAGGUGCCCGAGGCCGUGCAGUCCAGCAUCAUCAUCGAGGGUGUUGAGUACAAGGUCGAGAGGCUGAAUGGAAGGAGCAUCCAGGCUCCAGCAGCUCGGCCCUCGGAGCUCAGUGAGAACAGCAGCUUGCAGAGGAAUUCUCUGGAAGAGGGGAUCAAGCCUGAGCAGAGAACCAACUCCAUGUCAGGGCUGAGCCCGUCGUUCCCGGGGGAUCCCGGCGCUCCGGUGCGGACGGCCAAGGCCGAGCGGCGGCACCAGGAGCGGCUGCGGAUGCAGAGCCCGGAGCUGCUGAGCGGGCAGGAGAAGGAGAAGGAGCUGUCUCCAGCGGAGCGCCGGGCACUGGAGGCUGAGAAACGGGCUAUGUGGAGGGCAGCACGAUCCUCAGCUCUUGAAGACAGUAUUAAACAGUACGAGCAGGAUCUGGCCAGGAAGCUGUACCAGUCCCGGCAGUGGGCAUCUGCUCCCGGGGCCAGGCCAGCUCAGAUGUCUAGCCCAGUGCAGAGUCACGCCUCAAGAAUCCCUGGGUCAGGAGGCCAAUCCAGGAUGAAAUCACUGGAACAGGACGCUCUUAAAGCCCAAAUGGUUAUUGCCAAGUCCAAGGAGGGGAAGAAACGCAGCACACUGGAGCAGCUGGCAGAGUCACCGUCGCCCGCUCCGACGCCGUCCCCAACGCCGCUGGAAGAUUGCAGCCCCAGGAACGUCACUUCCCCGGGAAGGCUGUCCAUGUCUGAAAAGAAGUUUGACUACCGGGAAUUUGCUGCUAUUCCUUCCUCCAAACCUGUUUACGAAAUCCAGUCGCCUGAUGCAGCUGAUGACCUCAGAUACGUCGAGGACCGAAAUAAUUCAGUUCCCCGGGAGCAGGAUGGGCAGCCAGAGGAAGAGGACACGUUAGGAACACGGGAUCCAUCAGCACCAACUCCCUCAGCCCUGGAGGACAUGGCCCUGUACAGCAGCAAGCGCAAGCUCCGACACAGCCGGCGCAGUUUGGAGACCGCUGUCCCCACGUAGGUGACCCGACACACCCGGGCGAUGGACGAGCCCGGCACAGCCCUUCCGAGCUUCCCGUGCUCCAGAGACAGCACCGGGCUGCCACCCUGCCGCCUCCAGACUGGAUGGGACCGGAGCACCCCGGGAGCUCUGUGGCCAACUGACUCCUCCGAGGCUGUGAACCACCCUCGUUUCUCACCCGACAGCGCACUGGGGCACGUCCCGAAACCGGGGCAACACCGGACUGACUGCUGGCAGAUGGAGAGGAGGGGUGGGCAGGACAGUGGGCAGCUCGUUAGCCUGUAAAUAUUGUGUGUGGGGAAGGGUAGGACAGGGAGAAUGUAGGAGUGUGAGAGUGUGUUGGGCUCCAGCUGUUACUGCCUCAACUUGGUUUUUGUAGUGGUUAAAAGGAGCUUUUCCUCUGGUGGGAAUCAGGAGGAAGGUCCAGCCUGCCUUUACUCCUGUUUAAUUUUCAGUUUUUUGCCAAAAAGCAUCUCCUCCCACCUCCUGCACUGUGUCACCUCACUUCCCUUUGGGACCGUGUGGGAAUGGGAAGCUUGGAGGCAAAAAAAAAAGGAAAUACAAAGGAAAAAAAACCUGCAGAAUUCCAGCAAAGUGCCUCCCUCUGCCACUGACACUCUGUGCUCAAGGAACAUGCCAAAGCCUGGGCCAGCUCUGUGCCACCUGCCUCUGUCCUGGUAGGACGCUGCUUCUGCUGGGACUCUGUGCAGUCCUGGGGACAGGUCCUUCCCUGGAUGGACACGUCGCUGUGUGUCACACGUGGUGUGAGCAGCUCCACGAGCACACAAGUGUCAGAGGAGGCCAGGCUCUGUCUUCUGUAGCACUGGGGCUGAACUGGUGGACUGGGGCAGGAAUGGGACGGAGCCAACAGCUGUAGCAGGGGUUUAGGGGGGGUGUGACAGCAAUGGGGAGCAGGAUAGUUGGGGUAGGACACGGUGGCAGAGGUGGGAGGUGUGACAGCAGUACCUUAGUGGGUAGGAUUCAGAAACUGGGAAUGGGUAGGACGUGGCGUUGCUGGGGUCAAGUUGGGAAUUACGGGGUCUCACAGGUAGGAAAUCUGGUGGGGAGUCCACAGUGUCCAUGGCUGGCCGCGAGGUGGAGUGGAGCGUCACAGGGUGCCUGGCAUGGGGCUGGCAGGGAGCACCAGGAGCACCACGGAGCAGGACGGGGCUGGCCUGUGCCUUGCAAUAACUACACAGUUCCACUUUGCCAGCUUGUUGGCUUCAGGCCCCUUUCCGUGGAGAACAGGGACAAUGAAUGUUUGCCCAUGCAAGAGGGAAAAAGGAAAAUGAAAAAUGAGCGGGGGUGCGAGUCCUGGGUGUGAGUUCUGGUUUCCACAUGUGGAACGAGGGCUGCGAGCAGGUUCUGUAUCACAUGAGCUCUGCAGAUGUGGAGGUCACAGCUGCUGCUCCCAGCUCUGCCAUCAACCUCUGCUGCCACUACUGAGGGGAAACAGCCCUUUUCUUUUUUUUUUUCACUGCCUCUAACUGGGAGGAAGGUCCGAGCUUGGCCCGAUCCCAUUCCCCAUCCAUUGGUGCUCUCUGACUCCCCAGCAAGACCAGGGUUGGACCUUGAGCCUGACAGUGGCUGGGCAGCGACAGGCACAUCUGCUUGUACAUUUGCUGAAGGAAAGAACUGGAUGCAGUUUUUUUGUUGAGCCUCUCCCUUCAUGCCAAAAUCCAGUGGAUCGUUUUAACUGGCACCGUAUGCUUUGAUUUUACAGAUCUGUGAAGGGGGAACUCUGAUAAUCUCUCACUGCAGCCAUGGCUGCUUCCAUCAUCAGCAAUUUGAGCUUUUCCUUUUUAAAUCUAAUUUUAGCAUUUGCUUUUUAACAACAGCAGUUUUGGAAACAAUCCUGGCUGGGUUUUGGUGACUAACUUGUGAUUCUUCUCUCCUUUCCCUGUGCGGUACCUGGUGCCAGGCUCUGGGUUCUUUCCCGUUCUCUCCCGAGAGACUCCAAGGGAAAAUUAGCGCAUCAAGACUGUAACUAGUGAAAUUUGUACAACCAAAGAAAUCUAUUUUGUGGUUCAAGGAUAAUAAAGUUUACUUUACAUUUUAGA